AUGGCAAGAUAUUUGCUGUUGUUACAACACCUACACCAUCAGAGACAGAGAGUCCCUCGUGUUUUCAGGGAUAGACAGAACCCAUUAGAUUACACGGACGAUGACAAUCUAGUGAAGAACUAUCGUCUUGAUAGACAUUUAAUUUUAGACCUUUGUGCUGAAAUAGGUCAGGGGUUGGAAAGACCAACCAGAAGGAGCCAGUCGCUUCAGGUUUCUCUACAAAUUCUGAUAGCUUUGCGAUAUUACGCUACCGGAAGUUUCCAGUCUGUUAUAGCGGACGCACAUGGUGUUAAGAUUAACUCUGUGUCAAGGAGCAUUCAUUAUGUGUCUCGAGAGUUAAGUCUAAGAUUGAGUCGUUAUGUCAAUUUCCCAGAUGGAAGAACGCAACAGUUGGAUGAUAUCAAGGAUGGUUUUCACAACAUCGCCGGAUUUCCGAAUGUACUUGGUGCGGUGGAUGGGACGUUUGUGCCUAUUAUAGCGCAAACAGAGGACGAACAUUUAUAUGUAACCAGAAAAGGAUUUCAUGCUAUCAACAUGCAGGGAAUAUGUGAUUCACAAAACAUUUUUCUGAAUGUUGUAGUAUGUUGGCCGGGAUCUUCGCACGACGCGUUUGUCUCGAACAAUUCUGAAACUACAAUGCUUCUCGAGGAAAAUGAUUACAGUGACAGCUGGUUGUUAGGAGACAGUGCAUAUCCGUUGAAAAGAUAUUUACUUACACCUGUUCUUAACCCCACAACACAAGGACAAAUUCGAUACAAUAUUGCACACAAGAGAACGCGCUGUAUUAUAGAGCGUACCUUCGGACUAUGGAAGGUGCGAUUUAGAUGCUUGCAUAAAUCCGGGGGUUAUCUUAUGUACAGUCCUAAAAAUGUGUUUACAUCAUUAAAUCAACUGUUGUUCUUCAUAAUAUUUGCGUUAGGAGAAGCAUUCCGAUUCCCGACAGCAAUGGCAACGAUGAUGAUGAAAAUGAUGAUGAUGGCGAUGAAGACGAUGAUGAUGAUAAUGAAGAUGACGCAGACGCGGAGAGGAACUAAGCUGAUGGUCGACAAGUGCGUGACGAAUUAAUUCGGAACAAGUUUAGCACUUAUCUAUGCGUAAACAUACCUUAUACAACUAAUUAUUGUAGAUUAUGAUGUAUUAAUUUAUGUGUUGUAAUUUUUUAAUAUUUCGAGAUAAACAGUGCAGAAAAAUGCCAUGAAAAUACGAACAUCUGUAUGCAGGUCGAAUUUAACAUUCAUAACUUAUCAACUUAUAUUAUGCAUAAAAUUCCAUUCCAUGUUGAGUGAUUGUUAUAUUUUAUAAAUCCGAAGGUAUACGUGUAAAAUUACCUUGUGUCCAAGCGUCGGUUCAGCUAACAUUCUUGACAAAUUUGUUAUUUUCUAUUUUUAUUAGCAAGUAAUAAUUAAUUAUUCAUACAACUUGAUGGAAUUACCUUAUUUAUUUUUUAAAUUCAUCCCCGUGAUUAUUUACUGUUCUUCAAGCUACUGCUAUGACACUUAUUAUAAAAAGAAAAUAUACAUUUAAAUUAAUAUUUGACAUUGGCUACUAACAAGUGCGAAUUGGUGAAAAAUCAUAAUA